UUUCAGGGUAUUUUCUAGAUAGUCCGUAACGACUAAGCUUUCGUAAAUUUUGAUUUAUAUAAGGCUUCUUUCUUUAUCUAAAUUCCUUAUCCUGUAUUCAAGUUUUGGUAAUUGGAUAACUUCUGUAAACAGAAUCUUAUGGAUACUCAGGAUAGCCAUCAGGAAGAACAAACUCAGAAUUCAGAAACUGUUAAUGGUGGUACUGUUAGCGAAGGAGGUUUGAAAGAUCUGGGCAAAGGCAACGAAGACAAGAAAAUAUUCGUUGGUGGAAUAGCCUACGAUGUUACAAAUGAAGACUUAUCGCAAUAUUUCUCGCAGUAUGGUGAAGUAGCACAGGCUCAGGUGAAGUAUGAUCGGAAUACGGGUCGUUCUCGCGGCUUUGCAUUUGUAGAAUUCACAACCGGUGAGGCGUGUAGAGCUGCACUCAACGCAAGAGAACAAUCGCUCAAGGGGAAAACCGUUGAAGUUAAGCCAGCAAAAUCAAGAGAGAAUAAGAAAGUGUUUGUUGGUGGUUUGCCUGCUGACCAUCCAGAAGAAGAACUACGUGCCCACUUCGAACAAUAUGGAAAAGUAGAAGAUAUUGAAUGGCCUUUCGAUAAGCAAACAAAAGCUCGAAGAAAUUUCGCAUUUAUUGUGUUUGAAGAAGAGGAAGCAGCUGAGCGAGCGUCGGCUACACCAAAGCAAAUGUUUGGGUCACGCGAGUGCGACGUCAAAAAGGCCGUUCCUCAAGGCAAACGUUUCCCGGGUGGUCGAGGUGGCGCGGCAAUGCGGGCUGGAUAUGGAGCUGGUCGGGCGGGUGUCAUGAAUGGUUGGUUUGGACAAGCUGGAUGGGGUCAGAUGGGAGCGUUCGGUGCAUAUGGCGGAGGUACUGGAACUGCUGGUGGCUGGGGUGACUGGUAUGGUAAUGCUGCUGCUGCUGGAUAUUACCAACAGGGACAGGCCGGUGGCUACUAUGGCGCUGGCGGUUAUGAUGCUUAUUCCCAAGGAAUGACCCAGCGUGGAGCAAGUCAGCAGCGCUAUCCACAGCAACAACAAUACUGAGUAUUCCACUAAAGCGGCGAGAGUUUUGUAUUUUCGUAAUGGUCUUCUUUCUUUUUGUCGAUUUCCCAAAUUCAUAUCUUUGAUCUAUCGUUGAUAAAGAAAUUCUGUAACUUGGACAUUGAGCACUAAUCAACAGUUCUUCGCAUUAUAAAAGUUAACUAUCUCUAAAAUAUCCCUCAUAACGGUACCAUCUUUCAUUGGUUUUUUAAGAAAUUGGAAGAAAUGUAUAUCACAGAAUUAUUAGUUUUUGCUUCAGUAAGCUAAUUUGUGGUUGUAGCAGUUGUAAUGCUCUCACUAUAUGCUAGUUUUUUAAUUUUUUAAUGUUGCUAUCAUCCUGGAGUAUGGUUUUGAGUACGAUAUGUCGCAUAAUGCUUCACCUUGAAUUUGUGGCAUAUUCAUUCAUUCAUGAAUCUAUAGCAUUUUUGAAAUCGAAUUUGUCGAAUUUUCCCACAAUAAUUCAGUCAGUCUGUCUCAAAUAUUCUGUUUUUCUGCAAUUUUCAGAAUAACAAACGUACCAGUAAUUUUAUCGUUUCAUCAAACCAAUUUUGUUUGACGUUGUGGGUCUUCCAUAUAUUUGCAUUCAUACACAUUACAUUGAAACGAUGAUCUCAGCCAUUUCACCAGUAGGUGUUAUGAACUUUUUUUUUUCGAGUAUACGUUCAGAAUCCUGUUGUGUAGUCUUGGCUGAGUUCAUAUUUGUUUGUAUGCUUCAUUUUGUAAGCGUUCUUAAAGUGGUUGGUGUUGACCCACAUAUUGAAGUCGUUUAACCUUUUGAAAUCAGUAAACCCCUAUUCCUUAAGACGGUGGUUUUCCUUUUCCUUUUUAAUAAGCAUUUAGCUAUGCCUUAAUAUAGGAUUUAAAAAGGUAUGGUGUCCAUUUCCUAUUACAAAAAUUUAAGGUCUAUUUGGUGGUUUAUAGUAUUCCUUCUGCACUAGCUAGAUGUUAGAACAGAAAGUAAAUGAUGCAGUCUGUUUGAGUUUGUUUCAAAAAGCUUCAAGUCUCUCAUAUUACCUCUGAAAUUCUUCUUAACACUGCUAAGCAUUAAUGUACGACUGAUUUAUACGUUGUACUAAGCUGUACUGUAUCGUUAUGAAUUUCUGCGUCUUAUCUCUUAGAAAUUUGAGUCGUUCUACGCUAUGAUUAAAUGCAUACCCAGCCAACGAUGCCUUCAACAAUUCGCAACAUCUCUAUUUAUCAAUCAGUUUAUUUUUUUGAGCAGUUAGCUGGUCUCUUAACAUUUCGGUUUCGUCCUUUUAUAUACCUUAUGGAAUAUUUAUUCCGUAAAAAAAUAAGGUAUAUGCUCUCUUUUUUUUCAGUUUACCUUUCGUUUUAUAUUUUAUCCGACCAAAUUUUGCAAUUUAGUUGCUUUGUAUUUUUUUUGAACUUGUUUUACCUCCUUUUUUUUUUGGAAUGACAUAAAUGUGAAAACUAUGAGAAAGGUAUUGCCCCACUGUCGAAAGUUAGAUUUCAAAAAUAGUGAAAUUUUAAAUUCCCAAAUUUAAGGACCGCCAUUUAGUUUGGUAAUAUAUGAGACCAGUAGCCGCAAGAAAUCGCUAACCAUGCCUUUGUGGUGCAUAAUUUCCAUUUCUGCAUUGCUGCAGGUAUUUCCCUUCUCUUUCCUUUACCUCCUCUCUCUCCGUCUGUCAUUUCUUAUUCCAUCUUUUUUUCUUUCUUCUUUACUAUGAAACAGAACUGUUGGUGUAUUCGGUUUAGUUUUGUAUCCCCGAGAAAAAUGGACCGUUCCAAUUCCUAUGAAACACUUGAUUUAAUUAAAACUCAUCCAGCUUUUCCUUCCAUUAAUACUACAGUUUAUUAAUGGACUGAAUGUGUAUGAGUUUUAAAUUUGAGAAUGGCUUGAAGGCCGGUGCGCAGUUUCUCUCUUGUUCACAUACUCAAGGUGCUUGAUGCUUUUUGUUUUGCUUUGAGCGUUCUUGCAGCUCCAUGGUUUA